AUGCAAGCGUUCACGGUUUAUCUAAUUGCACGAGUUGACCUGGUAAGGUACGUUAUGUCAAAACCAGUCUUGACAGGGCGUUUAGCCAAGUGGGUGUUACUUCUCAAUCAAUAUGAAAUCAUCUACACUCCAGCAAAGGUAGUUAAGGGGCAAGCUGUUGCAGAUUUAAUAGGCGAUCAUCCAAUUCUAGCAGACUGGGAAACUUCAGAUGACUUACCCGACGAACAAGUCUUCUUCACUGACGUUUCUCCUACUUGGAUGAUGUUCUUUGACGGAUAG